UCCAGACGUCAGAGAACCGGUUCGCGCAGGCGCCGCUCGGCUGCUCUGCAAGCUGCUUCGUCCUGAGAAAUGGGGCUGAAUAAUUUUUUAUUCUGUCAGUGCAUCCUGUACUUCCUUGCUUUUCUGUUUGGUUUCACGGCGCUGGUGCCGCUGUCGGAGAACGGCAGCGAUUUCGGGGGGAAAUGCCUGCUCUUCACCCGCGGGAUGUGGCAGAAUGAGAACAUGACGGUGGAAAAGCAACGCUUCGUGGUGGAGGAAUGGGGCCCGGAGUCCGCCUGUCAGUUCACCACCUUCAUCGGCCUCUUCACCGUCCUCUUCUCCGCCAUCCAGGCAUGGAGGCUCCUCUUCUACCUUUGCAAAGGAUACGACGACACUUUCUUUGCAACAUUCCUGAAUCUAUUGGUCAGUACCUUUGUGGUUUUCCUCAUCUUUGUGGCAAGCACUCUUGUCACUGUUGGCUUCAACAUGUGGUGUGAUGCAAUUACAGAGAAUGGAAGAAUGCCCAACAGUUGUGAGGAAUUGCAGGAUAUUGAUCUGGAACUGCAUUUGGAUAAUUCUUCUUUCUACAACCAAUUUUCAAUUAUCCAGUUUGGCCUGUGGGCUGGGUGGGUUGCGUGGACUGCAGUUACCAUUCUUGCAUUCCUGAAGGUCUAUGACAACUAUAAGCAGGAAGAUCUCCUCGACAGCCUGGUGCACGAGAAGGAGUUGCUGCUGGCGAGGUCAUCCAGGAGAGCAGCAGAGCAAGUUGAGAAAAAUGCCUUGAUUUAAAUCCAUGCCACAGAAUGUGAGAUUUGGCCAACAUGUUCAAACACAAUAAUGCUGCAUGUUUUUUUGUAAAGGUAAAAGUGCUGAAAAAUUACUGUAAAGCAGGAUACUCACUCUCUAGCCUUAUCUUCCAACUAAAUAGUAGGUAAGCUAAUCACAAGUGUGUCUUUCAGUAGAUGCUUCUUUCAGUGCCUGAUAAACAUUUGUCUCUAAAGAUGACGAUUUACUAAAAUGUCACAACACGAAAUGUAACAGCUGCUAUAUUGGUAACUCACUGUUAAUAUUUGUACAUCAAAACACUAGGUAUUAAUCUGAAUAAUUUAUCCUGCUUUACAGUAUCAAGCUACUGUAUAUAGCAUACACUGAAUCUUCAGAAUGAAUAUAAAAGAAUUAAAACCAUGUGGAAAAUCUUUCAGCUCAUUCAAUGCAUUUCAUAACAUGACAAACGCUAUAAAAUGUUCUGAAAACAAGUGAAUAAAUUGAUAAAUUGUGUCCAUUCCCCUCAAGGCUCAACAUACUCACUGUAUCACAGUUGCUUAAAGCCAAAUUGAUACACCUGAAUAUUCUUUCUAGCAGCAGAAUCCAUUGUCUUUGCACUUGAAAAGCUCAUCUGCAGUGCUUAGAAAAUGAUUAUGGUUGUUUCUUAUGGAACAGCUGCUAUCUCACACUACUGAAUUUGUACCUAAGUCAACAGCUUCUCUAUAGCUAAUAAAGUGAAAAACAGCAAUUUGAGGGUUAGUAGUAUAAAGUGACAGACUUUAUUGUGCCAUAUGUUGCUCAUAAAAAUCUUUUGUUACUAAUGUUAAUUCCUUACCAUGAUUACAGUGUACAAUGCUCAGAAAAUGUGUAAAAUUAUUAAAUUAAUCCAUGCACUUGC